AUGUCGGACGCCUGGGUCCGCCGCCUCUCCCCCGCCUUGCUGCUCGGCCUGCUGGCCGGCCUCCACCAGGCUGCCGCAGGAUGUGGCCCCUUAUUCUGCCCCGAAGGAUUCGAAUGCUGCGGGAACACCUGCUGCCGGGAGAAUGGGCUCUUCUCCGGCCCCUUUAGGGUCAUCAUCAUCGUCUUCCUGGUCUUGAUGCCAAUCAUGUGCAUGUGCGGCCUGGCCAGGAGCUUCUGCCGGCGCUGCAAUGAGCAGGAACCGGACCCCCUGGUGGAUCACAUGAGGCCCCCAGAACAGCCCCCCGUCGCCCCCACAGAGAGGGUCACCGUGGUGCCCAUCCCUGAGCCCCCACCUUCCUACAGUGAGAUUAUUCUGAAGCCGGACCUGGGCCUGCCCCCCAUGGAGCCACCUCCUCCCUACAGCCUCAGGCCUGAAGACCAUCCUGGGGGCCCCAGAGGCAUCGACAACCCAGCCUUCUGA